AUGUCCAUCGACAAAGAGAAGCUCGGCGACUCUGUCGUGUCAGAAAUGGCAGUCAACGACUAUGACAAUCUGCGCGCCGAAGGCCACCUGAAGCAGACGAUCCGUGGCCUCAAGCCGCGCCACAUCCAGGUCAUGGCUAUCUCGGGCGCCAUUGGUACUGGUCUCUUUGUCGGUACAGGUUCAACUUUGCACAAGGCCGGCCCCCUUAGCCUUCUCCUCUCCUACGUCCUCUUUUCCUUCAUUACUUGGAUUACUUUCCGUGGAAUGGGAGCCAUGGUCUCGCAGCUGCCCGUCGACGGUGGGUUUCUGUACUUUGCCAAGCGUUACGUCAGCCCAUCGUUUGGGUUUGCCCUCGGUUGGCUCUACGUCUACAACGGUGCCGCUCUGGUGGCCGCCGAAGUCGCUGCUAUUGCCGCCCUCAUCAACUUUUGGAACGACACGAUUAACAAUGCUGCGUGGUGUGCCAUUAUCAUUGUCAUUUUCUUUGCUCUGAACACGAUCGGCGUUCGUGUAUUCGGUGAAGGAGAAUUCUGGCUCUCGAUCGGCAAACUCAUUCUCGUCUUUGCUCUGAUGCUGUUCACCUUGAUCACCAUGGCCGGCGGCAACCCCCAACAUGACGCAUUUGGGUUCCGAUACUGGAAAUCCGGACCGGUAAUGAACGAGUAUGUUGCCACCGGAAGCCUUGGGCGUUUCCUAGGCUUUUGGAGCUGUAUGACGACUGCAGCCUACACCUUUGGUGGCCCCGAAUGGGUUAGCUUCACCGCCGGUGAGGCCAUGUCUCCCCGUCGCGUCCUCCCAUCGGUCUUCAAGCGCGUCAUUUUCCGUCUCCUGUUCUUUUACAUCGGCGGUGUCCUCUGCGUGACCAUUCUUAUGCCCUCGAGCGACCCUGACCUUGGCAAGUCUCUCCCGGGCGCCGGCUCCUCUCCAUUCGUCCUUGCCUCCGUUCGUCUGGGCAUUCCAAUCUUCCCCCACGUCUUGAACGCCGUCAUUUUCACCUCUGCCUUCUCCUGCGGCCUCGAACUGUCGUUUGCUGCCUCCCGUGGUCUGUACGGCCUUGCUCUCGAGGGUAGCGCCCCGCGGAUUUUCACAAGGACGGCUCGAGGAGUGCCCGUCUACUGCGUCAUCGUUGUCUGUGCCAUUGCCUGUCUGUCAUUCAUGAGCGCCUCGACGAGCUCGUCCGAAGCUUUCAACUGGAUUGUCAACCUCACGGGAUCCGCCUUGCUUCUCAUCUACGGUCUGAUGAACUAUAUCUAUGUCCGAUGGUACAAGGCAAACAAGGCCCAGGAUAAGGACAUGUCGAAGAUGCCCCGCGGUCAACUGUACCUGUGUUACAUUGGCAUGUUUGUCUAUCUCCUGAUGUGGAUUACGAACGGAUUUGCCGUCUUUGUCAACGGUGGAUGGUCUGUUCGUGACUUCUUUUUCGCCUACUUUGCCAUCGUUGUCUUCGUCGUUGCAUACGUCACCCACAGCGUUUUCAAGAGCCACACGUUCAAAGAGCCUCCCCUCGAAGAGGUGGACGUGACAUCCGGUAUCGCAGCCUUUGACGAGAUGGAGGCCAACGAGCCCCCUCUGGAGAACACACGUCUUGCUCGCUUCAACCGCUGGCUUUGGGGAUAG